AUGCACGCAUGGCGUUUGGUCAAGGGAAUCUUACCUACUAGAGCUGCCCUAGCUAAGAGGGUCCAGCUCCCAGAUGUGAGAUGUGUGUAUUGCUCUAAUGGCGUGGAAGAUAGUUUGCAUUUGUUCAAAAACUGUGAAGCAUUGAAGGCUUUCUGGAAGCAUGGAUCGUUGAAUUUACAACCUGGUAAGCACCCCACUACUCUUCUUGAUAUUUGGUUUUGGGACAUGAUUAAUGCACUUGAUGGUGAGAAUCUUGAAUAUUUCUUGAUGGCCCUUUGGGUGGUUUGGAUGGAACGAAACAACAUGGUCUGGAAGGGUUCUUAUUUUAACAUCAUUAACAUGCAUGCAUGGGCUACUUCAUUCCUUAAUGACUACAAAAAAUUACACGAACGUCAAGGACGUAAGGCGAGGAGGGCUCCCAUCAAGUGGACUUGUCCACCACGGGGAAGGCUAAAAAUUAAUAUAGAUGGGAGUUUUUGUGUUGAAACAGGCUCUGGAGGUGUGGGUGUUGUGGUUAGAAAUUAUGAAGGGAUGUGCAUGGCUACCUUUGCAAGAACGGUCCAAUAUGCAGAGUCUGCAAUUCAUAUGGAAGCAGAAGCCCUUAAAGCAGGGUUGUUGAUUGCAAUUCAACAGGAUUGGAAAGAAAUUGAAGUUGAAAGUGAUUGUGUGAACUUGGUGAGUGCAUUACAUGUUGAUGGAGAUGAUUUUUCGGACAUUGGAAGGAUCUUGGAUAACUAUAGAAGGUAUGUUAAUGCAUUUAAUUUCUUUAACUUUCAACAUAUAUGUUGCGAAGCAAAUGGUGUGGCCAAUAGAUUAGCUCUUCUUGCUAGAUGUGGGAAUUUAGAUGAAUUUUGUUUAGAGGAGACGCCUGUUAUCAUUCAGGAUGUUCUCUAUGAGGAUCAAUGUAAUCUUUCUUAUGUAGCUCGAGGUUCAGUUGGUUAA